AUAUAAGAACUGGUCUGAGAUGAAUGUCUCCUCACAUUGUGUUGAGCUCUUGCCAGCAGUCAGAUCAGCAGCAGACAUGGCCUUCAGCGGAACGUGGCAGGUUUACGCACAGGAGAACUACGAGGAGUUUCUGAGAGCCAUCUCUCUGCCAGAAGAUGUCAUUAAAAUGGCCAAGGAUGUUAAACCAGUGACUGAAAUCCAACAAAACGGCAACGACUUCACCAUCACAUCCAAAACCCCUGGAAGAACCGUCACAAACUCAUUCACCAUCGGCAAGGAAGCUGAAAUCACUACCAUGGACGGCAAGAAGCUCAAGGUAGAAUAUGUUUGCAUCUUUUUAUGAUGUUGAACUGUUCAAGAAGAACUGAUAUCGA